GGCCUUGGCUUCAACGAAUUCGAGACUCUCUUUAUGGAAUAAUAUAAACAGCAUGCUUUAAGGAGGAUUUUUUGUCAGUUUUUCUGCCUUUGGUGGAAAUAAAACCUCCAACACGAGAAUCAAAGACAAAGAAAUUACUAUUGAACAAUGUGGCAACCGGGGAACUUGCACAAUUUUUGCCCUGAUAGCAACCUUACCGCUUGCUCAGCAUUUUCUAAUAUCUAUCUGUAUUUGCUUGUUCAGCUAUUUGGUGGCAGUAAACCCCAUAGGAAGGAGCGUGCUGUCGAGGAAUAUGACUUUAUUGUAGUUGGAGCUGGUUCAGCUGGGUGCGUGGUUGCUAACAGACUUACUGAGGUUCGGGAGUGGAAGGUGUUGCUUCUAGAGGCAGGUCCAGAAGAGCCUUUUAUUACGGCGCCUCUGGGUGCAGCUUCCGUUCUCCUAGGCUCCAAUAUUGACUACAAGUAUUCUACGCAGCCAAAUGAAAACAGCUGCCUCGUCCAAGGACGAUGUUCUUGGCCCAGGGGUAAAGUGAUGGGGGGGUCCAGCGCAAUCAACUCGAUGCUUUACAUAAGAGGACAUCGAAUGGAUUACGAUGAAUGGGCUGCUUUGGGGAACAAAGGGUGGAGCUACGAAGAGGUGUUACCCUAUUUUAAGAAAUCUGAACACAAUCUUAACAUCAGACGUCUUAACAACUGCUACCAUUCUAGUGAUGGCUUACAGCCAGUCUCCGACCCGGUUGUUAUUGACAAACCUUCUAACUUAAUAGUACAAGCAUUUCUCGAAUUGGGAGUACCUUAUACAGAUUUCAAUGGCGAAAACCAAAUGGGGGUAUCACAUGCCCAAACCACUUCUAAAGAUGGUUCCAGAGUAUCCACAAACUCAGCUUUUAUAGAGCCCAUAAGAGGCAAGAGAGAUAAUCUUAGUGUGCAAAGCGAAUCUACAGUCAUUAAAAUUCUCAUAAAUGACAAAAAUAAAGCUCAUGGAGUAACAUAUGUUAAAAACGGUAAAUUUUUUAAUGUAACAGCAAAAAAAGAAGUUAUAAUAUGUGCUGGAGCUAUUGAUUCUCCUAAAUUACUCAUGUUAUCUGGUAUAGGGCCGAGGAAACAUCUAAAGGAAAUGAAUAUUAAAGUAGUACAUGAUUUGCCUGUUGGUGAAAAUUUACAAGAUCAUGUAUCUUUUAAUGGUAUGGUGAUUUCUUUACCAGAAAAUGUAAGUACAAUGGCAAACAAGGGAAUGGUACUUAAAGAAAUAUAUGACUAUUUUCUACAAGGUGAACUUAAAACUGGACCAUUUUCUUACGGCGGUGCAUUGACAACUAUGGCUUUCGUAAAAACAAAUCCUAACCUGCCAGCGCCUGAUGUCCAAUACGACUUCGGAGGCAUUAUCCGGAGAGAAUUCUACCAAGACGUCAUAGGUUACCUUAAUACUAAAGUUCUACCAGAUUCGUUUUACGACUCCCUGAUAGUCAAAGUUAUGCCUUUGGAAAGCAAAAGCAAAGGCAAACUGAUUCUUAACACAUUAAAUCCGUUGGGUCCACCCCUUAUAUUUGCAAACUAUUUUAACAAUUCCCGAGACAUGGAAACGUUACUUAGCGGAGUCAAGUAUCUUUUAAAACUGGAAAAUACAAAAGUUUUCAACGACACUGGUUUAUACUUUGUCAAAGAAAUGUUACCGGCUUGCGAAAAUUACACAUGGACCGAAGCAUAUUUUGAAUGCCUAGCUAAAAAGUACACAGUUUCCGCAUACCAUCCCGUAGGAACUUGCAAAAUGGGCCCAAGUCAUGUUAAAUCGUCUGUAGUUGACCCUCGGCUGAAAGUGCACGGUGUGAAAUCUCUUAGAGUAAUAGAUGCGUCCAUAAUGCCGAAUGUGCCAAGAGGGAACACUAACGCUCCGACUAUCAUGAUUGGGGAAAAAGGGGCUGAUUUGAUCAAGGAAGAUUAUCGCGCUUCGAAUUAUUAUUAAUCAAUGCAUAAGUCAUUAUACCCGCCGUGUUUUUUAAGACGUAUGCUCAUCGACGGCGGUAUCUUGCGAACGGCAUCUCACGUAUCGGAUUCCCGUCCAAAAGUGCACAAAACAGUAUUCUAAACUACAAUUUUUCGAUCUUCAUUUUUCAUUUAUUCCUAUUAAAUAAAUGUAUUCGUUAAUAAAUGUUACCACGCAAUAAAGAGUCCAAAUUUUUUUG